CGCCCAGUGCGGCUCGAGGAAUCCUCCGCGUCAGACGUGUCAACCGGUGCUCUUCCCGGCAAAGGGCUCCAGCGGUCACCGCCUCGUCGUCAUAUGGAAACUCAUCUUCUCGGCAAGAAGACCAUCGUUUACGACGAGCAACAAGCGGCGGAGCUGUUGGAGUCGAUGGAGACCCGUCCCCAAGCGAACGUUCUGUGAUACAUCGGUGAGCGAAAAGACCCCGGUUGCGGUAAAUACAUCUACAGACUCGUCCUGGACUUCGACUGCCAGCCGGACCACCCCGUGUUGACCGUGGAUGAAGUCGUGUCGCGCGCCGGCAAAGGCGCCCAGCACCGUGUGAAUCGGUGCCGCGAGUGCACCGUGACGACCAGACUACGUUUUCAGUGGAAGUCGUAUUGACGAAGCGGACGAAAACCACAGGCGACGCGGACGUGGUACGUUGGCACGUACACUACACAAACUUUGCGUUCGUGGACGACCCGCCGCGCAACGGAAACCGACUCUUGACGCCGGUGCGCGAGCUACUCGCCGAGGCUGUUCCCGAGGAUUGGCCGGACUUUGACAUUUCUACCGGAGCAAACCAAUUCAUGAUUUGUGUACGGAAGCAAAAGGUUUGACGCCGCGAGCGCUUACGAGUACGUAAAUAGUGUUGAAUUUAAUUGCAUUAUAAUUGUAAAUAGUGUGACGUACAACGUCGACGUCGAAUCGGACGACGUGACCGUAGAGGACAGAGGGGCUGUAGAGUACAAUCAGGGCGUGGGCGUGGUUUCCGAACGGGGCUCGGACGAGGAGAUGGACGAGGACAGCGUAUUGCACCCCCACGACGAGGGGUUUGGUAAAGUCGAGGUCGACGAAAGCGGCGGCCUUGAGAUAAUUUAUCCCACGGGCACACCGUCCUCUCCGGGCGAAAACGUCGUCGAGAAUUCUCUUACGACAUGCAUCAAAUUGGCAAAAGCGUACGACGGCAUUUACGUGAACGAGGGUGAGUCCAAAUCCACGGUGGCUAUUCUGGAAUUCAUUUUCAAGUGGGCGUUGCUAAAGCUGAUGUUUUUGGCGGAUUACGCGAAAAAGCGUGACCAUUGGAACAAGUUAUUGUUGAUAAUAGCCAGCACCAUGAAUUACACCACGGGGCUGCGAAUCUUUCGCGUUUUGUCUCGGGAGUUCCAGCCCAGAAUGAAAGAGAACCCGAAAUACCAUUACGAUCGCGCGGUGGCCUGGCUCUGGAAAUACACAUCCGCGGAUGGUUUGCGAGACGACGACGGCGAGAGCUCAGAAGACGACAGCGAGGACAAGGAUUUUCUCCGGGACAGAACCAAUCGCUUGAUACCCGUUCCCCCCAAAACGCAAUACGUCGCACAAAAGAGGAAACGCUCUGACGGUCGCAGUUCUUCUGCGAGUAACGUCGAACAUAAGCCGUUGAAUUUGCCGAGAAAAGUGUUCCGCAUUCAAUCCGAACCGCUUUUCACGAUGACUAAAGAGGACGAGGAGACGUCCAGGUGGCUCUUGAAGGAGCUGGCGAAAGGAUUCGGCCUUAAACGGUUUGUUUACAGCGAAUACAUAAAGCGAUUGCUCGAAACCAACAAGAUCUGCACUUUGAUGCUCAACAAGGGGUCGGGUAGGUACGAUCUGUUUAAAUACAACGAAACUACGGGCACAAUGAUGCCCAAUGAGCCCAGCACGCUGUUGUCGGACUUGGAAACUGUGGCCAUAAAGACGUGCUUCAAGUUUGAGUCGUGGAGAGAGGACGUAAGUCCGUUCAAUUUGUGUUACGAAGUUUUACUAGAGUUGACGAAUCAAAGAGAGCGCAAGUUGGAUUUCUCUAAUCUACACAGGUACCUACAGCCAGGAGCAGCCAAUACGCAUUCGAUAAAGCUCACCAGCAACAGACACUUGGUGUUGCCGAACGGGGACACGUACGACUUGUACGACAAGCGUUACGUGGCCUGGAGCCCGGACCAAGUGUGUACCGUGCGCAGCGAAUGCGAUUUGACUCUGGGCGUCGGCGAAAAGGUCGACCACUACUACGUGGAAGUGAUUCCGACUCGAGGCGGGUUUCGCUACCGGUGCCAGCUCUUGUGCAAAACGAUCGAGAAUGCUUGGUCGGUGUUCAAAAACAACAAACUGGGUCACGAAGUGUUUGCGGUGAUAAAGGCGAUGAGCGACCGGGUGUUCAAAAAGAUGAGCAAGUUUUCCGAUCCAGAAGAGUUUAUGGAUAACUUCUUGAAAGAAAUGUGUAGAGAAUCGCCACCAAAGAAGUUCCAGGAAUACUUCGACGUGAAGCCCAAGUACGAUGACACCCAGAUAAGUCCGGACGACGUGCCCACGCAAGGGGACAUGAACGAGAUAAUGCGCAACGCGGAGAGCAAGCUCGAAUGCAUUUCGAAACAUGGCACGUCCUCGAAGAGCAGUCUGUAUUGCUGCGUCGUCAUUUACAUCGUGUCCCUCCGCUUUCUUUUGAAGAGGCACCCGGGUUUACACAACGCCGUGAUGGACACUGCCCUGAAGCCGAGCGCCCACGACGACGAUGGGGGUCCGAUUUCGUUCGUGUGUUCCCAACUGACGUGGGAUGAGCUUAUGUGGACGAUGCUCAUUGAAUUGUUUGGAUCAUCCGAACAGGCGCGCAUGGUUCUAGAGUUUUUAGCCCUGGGUCUCUCCACCGAUUACAGCGGCCAGCAGCUCAUGUUCAUGCACGGCGAGGCCGCGAACGGAAAGUCGUUGUUUCUCGGGAUUUUGCGUCACCUGUUCGGAAAGGACAGCAAGUUGGUGCGGACCCUGCAUUCCAACUUUUUCACGUACAAUUCGGAAGAGCGAAUGGCCGCCCCGUUGAGAAACAAUUCAGAGGAAAUUCGCUUUGUCAUCCAGAGGAAAAUCCCGAUUCUCGACAUGGACGAAAGUGGCCGUCGGCUGUUGAAGCAGAUUACGGGCGGGGACAGGGUGUCCAUUCCACAACAGUACGAUCGGUACCAUAACGAUUUCAUGCUCUCGGCAAAGUUUCUCAUGUCGUCGAACGACAUCCCGUACUUGUCGCCCUCCAUGGAGGCCGAGCAGAAGCGCUUCAUGAUCGUGCCGACCCUUUCGACCUUUCUCGCAGACAAGUCCUGUCUGAGAAAACAACUGUUGAAACACCUGUCCGCGGACCGUUACUGUAGGCGUCUCUUCUCCACGCCGUACCCGGACUCGGAGCGUGACUACAUUAAGGAGACCAACAAGCAGGCCAACACAAUAUUUACGCAGUCGGGGCCUAUUUUGGGAGCCCGAAACAUGCUCUUUCGCGAGCACUAUCUCAACAUACUCGAAGAUUCGUUCGCCACCGAGCUCUGUUCCGCUCCGCGUAGCAUACCCACGCAACGUUGGCUGUUGGGCAAUCCCAACCUGAUGUUCGACGAGGCCCAGGAGAAACUUGGCGCCGCUCUCUGCCGCAUUCUACUCGACCACAUCGUGCCAUCGAUGGGCGGUCUCGAAAACGUGGAUCGCACAGUGGGAAAGCUGCAAAGCUACGUGUCCGAAAACGCAAACACCUUCAGCAGUUAUAAAGACGUCCUGUACGUUAUUCUUAAGCGCCUGAUCGUAAACAGAAGGGGGUUUUCCAUCAAGAUUGACAAAUUGAUGCCGAUGGUCGCCGAAGAACUGACCGAAGCGAAACGCACACUGAAGCCGAUUCUGUUCGGACGGGACGAGGACGCGGGCUCCGAGGCGUUCAAGUGCGUCGAGGGCGCGUGUAAGACGGAAGCCGCGUUUUGUCGCACUUUGAAGGACUGUCAUUUCAACCUGUCUAGCAUGGAAGACGGGAUGCACUUGAACGAUUUUCAGAGUAUGGAAGAAUUUUUAUUGAACCGUAAAAAUCUCGACGUGUCGCCCAUCGAGGCGCUUGUCAUGCGCGACGAUCUGAAAAAAUACAAGCCUGACAAUAUGUUUUACGGACCGACCAACGACGAAGUCAAGACCAUCCGCGACAAGUAUUUGAAACCUCCGAUCGUUCGCUCGGAUUUUAAACAUGGAACCGACGCCGGCAAUUCCGUCAAAGAGCGCCGUAGAAACAGGCACUUGAUGACGAGGAUCGCCAACAUUCUACGCAUUCCUUGUUAGUAUUCCACCUCUUCUUCUACUCCUUCCUUCUCGUCGUCUCCACUGAGGUGGGAAGGUGGGAAGGUCUUCAACCACUUCCUCAAUCGGAGGGUGAAGCUCGUCGCCCACCUCAAUUCGUUUGUUUUUGUACGCUUCGGCAACCCUCGUCAAUAUGGUGUCUGUGUCUAGGGGUCCUCCCUCUUCUUCUUCGUCAUUCCCCUAGAUCGCAUUGACGGACCCGUUGAUAUCACACCUUGUGCGUGCGUGUAUGUCUUGUACAAACGACAGCACGUCUCGAAAGUGAUCCCGUAGGCGUCGGAUUUCAUGCCUAUAUAAAUAUUGAUGCUGCUGUACGGAGACUGUAGGAAGUCCCACGUCGUCGUAUAAAUCCAGGAGGUCGGUGUAACUAAUCUUUUCGUCCACGCCGUCGUCGUAUUUUAACGUCCUUAAAGCAUGUAGGAACAAGAUCAGCAGACGUUAUGCACGCUGACCUUCUUCGCGGCUCAGGACAGGAGCUUUUUGAAUAAAAUAUGCAUGGUUUGGAAAAACGAAUGCAAAAAACCAC